AUGUGGUUUAGCACUGAAGAUGCGACAAAGGAGAGCUUCUUGGAUAUCAAAAAAGCUUAUGGAAGCGAGGUGGCACAUGUUGUAUACACUAAUGUAAGUUAAAUUGUUUUUCAAAUGGAAGUUUGAGAAGGAAAAGCAGCUUAUAUAACUACUUAUAUUACCGUAGCUAAAACGUCAAAUAUCCCUCAUCCAUUUCAUUGCAAAUUUGGCUAUUUCAGAGCACAAAGACAAUCCUGCUCCUUCGAACCCUCCUUCACAAAGGCCCAAUAGUUGUGUUCUACAUAAUGUUAGCCUAUUUUGGUUUGAGAAUAGUUCGAGUGAUGGCGAAAAGCUCCGUUGUUAGUAGCACCGCAAAAGCUCAACGCCACGUGGUCCGAGUUAUUGUUCUACAGGUGGGUCAUCAUUUUUUCAUCAUCAAUCUAUACUAAAAUAUUGAUGAUUUCUCAAAAAAAAACCUUUUAAUUUUACUUUUUCGCCUUGGAAAAGCAAAAUUGACGAUACCUAUAAAUAAAUAUAUCUUCUAAAUAUUGUUGCCAAUUCCAAUAUUUAUUUUUCCAAAUUGCAGGCAAUUUACCCCGCAAUUCUCAACGUUUUGCCCAUCUUUUUGGUCGCCUUUCUCAACUUGUUUGGAGUCACUUCCCCACUGGCCCCCUACUUUGCAGCAGCCUCAUUCCAACUAAUGCCAAUCUUGAACACCCUCACCAUCGUAUUUUUGAUCCCAAGUUAUCGAAGAGCGGCGAUUUCGACUAUCCGCCCAAUAGCAAGUACAACUACAAAUACCGUGGAACUCAUUAGUUCUACAGCGUAUUCCAGAUAA